UCCACUUCAAACUUAGAUGCAUAUCAUGAUGGAGUGAACUCAUAUAACGAAGAUGUUUAAACGAGAUUAACUGUGUUGCAGACCAAGCUCCUUCACCAAUAUUGCCUAAACUUGCUACUUUCGUCACGUCAUAAACGACCAGCCGCAUUACGAUAAUACAUGGGCUACAUGUUGCGCGAAUCAGAGCAGGUGGCGAGCAAAGCAGUGCUCAAAACCUACAGCGAGAGAGCUGAAAUGAUCCCAGCCAGUAGGAGUCAAAAUCCUGUAACGCAACACGGUCUUCGAGGCGGCAUCCAUAAGUCGAGAAUGCACCGACUCUGGUCGGAUUCUUCCAGUUGUUCACUAAGAAUUCGUCCAAGACCUGAAAAACGGUUCAGUGGUGGCAAACGCAUAGAAAGAUACGCCCACGAGAUGGAUGACUACAGACAACUUGCCAACCGUAACCUCACUGUAGAUUAAUAUCAGUUCUCAUUUGUUGGCACAGAAGAGCGAAUGUAGGUGGUAUAAGAAGCAGCCAGUUUGAUAACGACUGCAUUGGAAUUGGGCUAGUCCAUG